AGAGAUGACGGAUCGUGUCUCCGCGCCCGCAGCUCACGCACGGAACGCGGCGCGCAGAGCAGCAGCGUAACGUCACGACUAAACUUAUUAAGAAGUUCGCUUUCUCCACGCGUUCUCUUCAAUGUCACCAUGCGCAGCAUCUCAUCCUGCGGUGCACUGCUGUCAAUCUACUACCCACAGAUCUUCCUCAUCCUCACCAGCGGCAGCUACCUGGCUUUGUCUUCAGUCGUGGCUUUGGGCGCGAACAUCAUCUGCAACAAGAUCCCCGGCUUGGCCCCCCGACAGCGCGCCAUCUGCCAGAGCCGCCCAGAUGCCAUCAUCGUCAUUGGGGAGGGCGCUCAGCUGGGCAUCAAUGAGUGCCAGUAUCAGUUUCGCUACGGCCGGUGGAACUGCUCUGCCCUUGGCGAGAGGACCGUCUUUGGGCAAGAGCUGAGAGUAGGUAGCAAGGAGGCUGCAUUUACCUACGCCAUCACGGCAGCAGGCGUUGCCCACGCUGUGACAGCAGCCUGCAGUCAGGGCAAUCUCAGCCACUGCGGCUGCGACAGAGAAAAGCAGGGCUAUCACGACCAGGAGGAGGGCUGGAAAUGGGGCGGCUGCUCGGCAGACGUCAAAUACGGAGUGGAGUUCUCCAGACGCUUCGUGGACGCCCGAGAGAUUAAAAAAAACGCACGGAGACUAAUGAACCUGCACAAUAACGAAGCGGGAAGAAAGGUUCUCGAAGAAAGGAUGAAGCUGGAAUGUAAAUGUCAUGGCGUCUCCGGCUCAUGUACCACAAAAACCUGUUGGACGACUCUACCGAAAUUCCGAGAGAUCGGCUACGUCCUUAAGGAGCGUUACUCCACUGCGGUCGAGGUGGAGGCCGUGAGAGCCACGCGUUUUCGCCAACCCUCUUUCCUCCGUCUCAAGCAGUCCCGUGGGUACAUAAAGCCCACCGACACAGACUUGGUUUACUUGGAGCGCUCGCCUAACUAUUGCGAGGAGGAUGCUGCGACGGGGAGCGCGGGAACGAGAGGGCGGCUGUGUAACCACACGUCCCCUCACACGGACGGCUGCAAUCUGAUGUGCUGCGGCCGGGGCCACAACACCCAUCAAUAUACACGCGUAUGGCAGUGCAACUGCAAGUUCCAGUGGUGCUGCUUUGUUAAAUGCAACACCUGCAGUGAAAAGACAGAGGUGUUUACCUGUAAAUGAGCGAGCGUAAGAGUUUAAUGGAAAAAAGCAGGAAGUCUCAAAUUAGACAGCUUCGUUUUGCACAUGAGGCAGUCUUUAUGCAAGAAAGGCCUUGCUGAAGGAAACCAGGAUGAAUAAUGAAGAUGUCAGAACUGCACUGAGCUCAGACUUUUUGUGAUUUCAUGCAAACAUGGAUGCUACAUACGCAGUGCAAGGCUUUUGUAGAUCUCAGAUUCUCUGAGGACCUGAUAUUGAUUCAAAACUCAUAUUGGACAGUGUAAACUGCGGACAAAAGUGAUCAAAUUAAGACAGGAAGAACUUGUACAAUGUCCCACCAGCUGAGCCCCUAUGGGAGUUCAAGACGUGCUGCAACUCUGGAAAUGCUGGAAAGCUUCAGUCACACUGUAUCUGUUUGAACACUGAAAAAAGACUGAUGUUCAUACUGUAGACGUCUCACAGAAGUAUGAACUUCUAAUAUCAUUGCUACUGAUCUUUUGCUUCCAAAACCCAACCCGAAACAGUACAAGACAUUAUGUAAAAAAAAAAAACCUUCUUUUUUCAGCAUUCUUAUGCAGUUUACCGAUGAAGAAAAGUGGUCAAGAAAAGUGGUCAACUCAUUUCUACACUUAAGAAACCAUCAUUUUGGUGAAAACGUUGCCAACUGCUGCACUGGCGGUUAUGGUGUGCACUGUGGGCUUUAUGUAAACAAAAACCAUUUGUGUUUUUUUUAUUGAGAGAGAAGCUAGUCAUAUGAAGACUUGGCCAUGUAUGCUGCAAUGCUUUAAACGUGAGCGUGUAAACGUGUGGGAACGCAAGAGAUACUUCACAGAAAUGCGACCCAUGUGACCGUUUGAGUGACCGAACCAUUCCCACGAAUGCCAGAGACAUGGGAUUCCACAUCACUGCUCCGGCGUGCACAAGGUCUAGUUAUAUUCCGCCUGAGCCAAUGGACCAUACAGCUAUGGGUCUGAAAACGGUUAAAAGGUCACUGGAAAUAUUUUGAGUAGCAGUUUUUGUUUCUAAAAUUGUUUAUACGAGUUAUACGGCUGGCAAAUUUGUUAAAAUAUAUUUUUUUAUGUAGAGAAUAUGGCACUUUAUGUCAGAGUAAUUAUUGAAACUGUUUUCUUUGUCAUGUUUUUAUUGUUUAAUUAGUUCUACAAUAUUUGUCCCGGUUUAAUUAUGUAAGCUUUUCCCAUAAGCAUCUCAUCUUUUUGUUGCCUAGAUGUAUUUAUACUUUUUUUGGCACAGAUUUACAGUA